UCGCGUUGAGGGAAAUUACUGCCUCCUGCCACCGCAACCCUACAGACUCCGUGCCCGUCCGACCCGUCGUCUCCGCCCCCCCUCCACAGCCCCCAACCCUACCGCCACGGGCAACCCUCCCCCCGCCGCCGUCGCCAACAACCUCCUCCACCGCGAAUCGACCUCCGUCUCCGUCCUCCUCCGCCGCGCCCCACUUAUCCGCCCGCCAUCCCCGACGGCCGGAGCACGCAGGCUGCGCCGCUUCCCUGCUUCUCCCACCAUCGCUCCUUGUCCCAGGGCAGAAGCUCAAAGAUGGGAAGGGGCGACGGGGAGAAGGAAGCGAAGCGCCGACGACGCGGCCGCAGCAGCAAGAGAUCGCGCCACGCCACGCCCUCCUCGGACUCCGAUUCUUCCCCUUCCUCGGCCUCCUCCUCUCCGAGCCGCAGCCCUGGGCCCCGGAGUCGCAGCGGCAGCAAGCCCGAGAAGUCGUCCUCGUCUCGUCGCCGCCGCCAUCACCGCAAGAGCAGCGGCCGCUCACGCAGUUCCCGUGACGACGAUAGGCGUCGUCACCGGCGGAGGCGCCGGGAUGAGCGUGCCCGUCACGGCAGCGAUGCCAGCGACCUGUCGGGGUCGGGCUCAGAUGAUUCAGGUUGGAUGGAGGAGGCGCAGGAAAUCGUCCGUGGCAUUCUCAGUGAGUUCCCUGCCAUCACCAGCGAGCUUCGUCAGCUUCUCCAAAUGAUAGAUAGUGGUGAAGGCAUUGAUAUUUCUGGUAUUUCUGACAAGCCAUUGGUAAAGCGGUUGAAGAAACUUUUCAGAUCCCUGAAAUUGAAAGAAAGUGCAAAUGGAGCUUACUUGCUGGCACCAAAAGGUGUUCCUACCCUUGAUGUUGUUGGACCAGUAUUAGAAGGAAGCGCCAAACUUGGAAAUGAUCCAAAUGAAACUGUGGCAUCACGAAAUAGACAACAAGUACCGUCGCCUAACUUUGACGUACAAAAUAAGGAUGACAUUCCUCCUGAAGAUGGAGGAAAAGUUGAUCGGGAAGAGGACACCCCUAUAAAGAGGGUAAUUGGUCCUGCAAUGCCAUCACGUGAAUUACUAGCUGCAGCAGCUGAAAUGACAGAGGCUCUUAGGUGCCGGGAUGCUGAAUUGGAAGCUGAUGAUGGUUUUCUUAUAGGUCCUCCACCACCAGCCAUGGUCGCUGAAGCUGCAUCUGCAAAUGAAGCUGAGCGAUUUGAAGAGGUUACUCGAAUAUUGGGUGCUGAUGCAGAUGCACUCUAUGAUGUUCUGGGCAUAAAUUGGAAGAUGUCGCCUGAUAACAUCAAGAAAAGGUAUUGGAAGCUAUCUCUUUUAGUGCAUCCGGACAAGUGCCCUCAUCCUUCAGCACAGGAGGCUUUUGUGAAAUUGAACAAUGCUUUUAAAGACUUACAAGACCCUCAAAAGAGAGGCGCAAUAGAUGAGAAGAUACAAAAGAAAGAAGAGAUGGAACAAUUCGAGGUUGAGCUUAAAGCAAUGCGUGAGGCUGCAGAAUGGAGACGAUUACAAGGUAUAUCUCUUGAGGGCGAUGAAGAACUUUUGGCAGUUCCGAAACAGCCAGAGGCACCACCUACACGCGAUGAAUGGAUGACUACAUUGCCACCUGAAAGAAAAGCAGGAGUACCAAUGCAUUCAACUACGGCCUUUAGCAUGAAUGGCAAAGAAGGACGUGGUGACACAAGUGCAUGGACAGAUAGUCCUCUUGAUAGAGCCCAGAAAGCACAACAAAACUACUUAGAAGCCUACAACAAAGCAAAGGCAAUUGCAGAUGGACAUGAAGAGAAGGGCAAAAGCUCAGAUGCUUCUCUUGUGGAUAAAUACAACUCCUCCAAGCGGUCAGUAUCUCUCGUGCAGAAGCAUCGAGAAAGCAAAAAGGAGAAAAAGAAGCAGAAGCAACAGCGAGGGAAGGAAGAAUGGGAGGAGAACCACCCAUGGAAGCCGUGGGAUCGUGAGAAAGAUUUAACUGCCGGGCGGCAAAAUGUCGCUUUGGAUCCAGAGAACACGGCACAAGGGUUGUCGUCCCGUUUCUCAUCCGGAGCUGUGCAGAGGAACUUCCUGUGAGGAAUUUGAGUCUGACUGCUCGAGGCAUGCCAAGGGAGAGCAUGGCCUAAUUGGCGGCCAGUACCGCCGGAUGUCGAAAUUGCUAGGGGCACAGAAACCAUAGAGAAUGUGAGGUUUGUGACAUUGCUAGUUUGCAUGUUGUUUUCUGGAGAGAGCUGAAGUUAUCUGAGACAUGUAAAAAAAGGGUUUUUCUUGUGAGUUGUUUCAUACUGUGUAACACAGCUCCAGGUAGGUCUUCGUACCUGGCUCAUUUUUACUGAAUGCGAAGGCCAAUGCUUUGAGACUUAAAA